UUUUAUCCAUUAAAGGAUUUUAAAAAUAAGAAUUAUGACAAGUACAGAGAUCCAGACGUGACAAACUUUGGAAUAGGGACCUCUCGAAUAAAACCGUAUAGUACAGGGGCUUCCGUAUGGGUUUUGCCAAGAGAGAUUAAUGCUAGAAAGCAUGCUAAAAUGUUCUUACUUUAAUGCUUGAUAUUUAAAGUUGUUUGCUUUUUUUGUUGUUUGUUUGAUAUUUUGCAUUGUUUCACUUUUAUAUCAAGCUUACCAAUUCAGUGUAAGUUUGCCAUAAUUUUUUGUUCUAGACUGCUAUGUAAAGCUAUUAUUCUUUCCUUUUUCAAAUAAAACACAGUUAUUACUUUCACCAAAUCAUGCUUUAUCAGAAAGUUCAUACCUUUGUAAAAUGUGACUAAUAUCACAUAGUACUAUAAACUGAUUUUGCAGGUAUAGAGUACCCUGAGGUACUGCUUAGUUUUGGUUGUAUCCGUACAAUACCCAGAAAACAGUAAUUUUGUUUUCUUUCUUUGUCAUCACCUUUUUAGCAUCUACACUCCAUGGAUUAUUUGUGUUUACUAUAAGAAAGUUGAUACCUUUAGAAACUAUUUGAUACCCAAAAAUGGAAGAGGUUGAGAUUAUAGUUGAAAAGAAUGAACAGAUAAUAGUAUCAUCUACCAAUUCCAAUCCAAUCUCAAGAACUGCUUAUUUCUUGAAUCCUACUCAUGCUUCUACUCAACCUCCAAUACCCAAAACCCCAUCUUCUUUGUCUUGUGCUAUUGAGUUUGAAACAUGUCCUCUGAAAGUCAGCUACAAUGGCUGGAAAUACCCAACUGAGAAAUGGAAAUCAUGGGUUCAUCGUAUGGAAGCCAUACACAGAUCUGUGUGGAAAAGAGCUGGCAUUUAUGAUGCUGUCAUGAGCUCUGUUUGCUGUAUUAAAAGAGAUGAUGGUUUAAUGAUGGGUCUUGCACAAAAAUGGUGUCCUGAAACUAACACAUUUGUCUUCCCUUGGGCAGAGGCCACUAUUACACUCGAAGAUGUCAUGAUUUUGGGUGGCUUCUUCGUUUUGGGUUCGCCUAUUUUUCCAUGUUCACUCGAAAGCAAUGAGCUUGAAGAAAUCGAAAAGAAGCUGAAUGAAGCGAGAAAUGAACUUGGGAGAGGUUCGUCGCAUAAAGCGUCUACAGCCGGUUGGAUGAAUAUGUUUAUGUUUAGUGACAAUGAGAUUGAGCAUGAAGCUUUUCUUUCGUAUUGGUUAGCAACGUUUGUUUUUUAUGAUUCUGAACGAAUUCUUAAUGCUCAGGUUUUUCCUAUUGCUAUUCGUUUAGCCAAAGGCGAAAUUGUUGCACUUGCUCCACCGGUUCUAGCUAGUAUUUAUAGGGAUUUGGGUUUGUUAAAAGCAACUCUUUUAUCUGUUUCUGAGAUUGAAACAACUGAAAAUUGUUCUGAUGUUUUGACUCUUACGCUCUGGUCACCUUUCCAUUUGGUUCAACUCUGGGCAUGGGAAAGAUUUCCAGCAUUCCGUAAAAACCCGAAUUUCGUCAAGAAUGGCGAACCGAGAUCAGCUCUAUGGCACAAUGUGAAAAUCAAGAAAGUCAGAAAUGUAAAGUUAGCUUUGGAUUCAGCAGCAAACACUUUUUGGUGGAGGCCUUACACUACUCGGUCAGACAGUUCAUAUUUGCCUAAUAUUUAUAAGGAAAAAGCUGAAUGGAAAGAUUUGGAAACUAAUCCUGAGUUGUUCCAAAUGGCUCUGUGCUUGAGAAUUUCUGAGCUAGUUGGUUUAAGUUGUGUUGAGCAAUAUCUUCCUCAUAGAGUGGCAAGGCAAUUCGGACUGGAUCAGGAUAUCCCUAGUGAAAUUGUUAGACCAAAUGAAUUUCCAGAACUUGCUUGGAUUAACUACAUUAGGCCAUUUGGUCAUAACGCCAAAUUGUAUGUUCCGUCUAAAUUUUCCGAGCCUGGUGUUACUCCUCAGUACUUUGAAUGGUGGAACAAACAAGCUGUGUUAGGUGGGCGCGAUAUGCUUAAGGAUGCAAUCAGUAGUGUUGUGAGAAAGAAAAGAAGCUCGAGAGGAAGAUCAAAAUGGGUAUCUCUCAACUGUCAUAUAAGAGACUCUUAUGAGGUUUUUAAACCAGCAAUUGAGGAGAUGAUGAGAUCUUGUGAGAUAAAGAGUGUUGAUAACAAGGUUUUUGGUGGUCUGGAAGAGAAAACUAAUGGUGAAACCGAGAUUCCUACAUGCAGUACUCAUGACAGUACGAAUAGAGUUGAAGAAGAAAAAGAAACCAGCACCAAAACUUUUGAGAUACCAGGAUUAGAACUCGAAGAUCGGAUUUCCGUACUUGAGAAAGCUAUUGCCAAGCUGAAAGCUGAAAGAUUUGGAAGCAAUUGUUGCUAACAAGGUUCAUGAUGUCUAGCUUAUAGCAGCAUAAUCUUGUUUCUAUUGCUUAUUUUUAUUUCCUUUGGUGCAUAUUACAUAUGAAAAAUCUUGAUUUCUUUAACUUUUUUAUCGCUGAUUUAAGUAGGUUAAUUAGCUUAGCUUCUGGUAGGAGUUAGAACAGAAUUACAGAAGCAAGAAAAAAACUUGAAGUGCUGCAUUACUGUGCUAGGAUUAGGAAUGUUUCUGUUAAUCAAGUUUAAUUAUACACAUAUGUAAAUUUUGAUGCAUGAACAUAUACAAAUUGUUUAUGUAAGCAAUUGAGACUCGAUACAAAUUUUGUUAGCCUUUGUGAUUUCUCUGCCUUUUCUUGUUCCAUAUUGACAGGAUCAGUUCUUAUUUUGUUUGUAUAUUCUUUUGUGGGUUACUUGACCUUAACCUAAUUCUGUUAAGUCUA